GCUUGCUGAAAUACGGAAGCUUCAGUAAAACACGCGACAGUGACAAAUACAUAUACAAUGGGGUUUUAUUGUAUUUAUCUACCAGUGUUUGUGACCAUAGUGUUGACAUCAUUUGUGUCUGCUCGUGCGGUGAACAUCAGCAACACAUGGAUGCUUCCAGAAGAAGGAUUUCCAGUAUUUUAUAGAUAUUUCCGUGAUCGUAUUUCUUGGUAUGAGGCUGAUGCCGUAUGUCAAUUUCAUCAUGCGAAUCUAGUGACAGCUGACAGUACUUCUCAAUAUGACGCAAUACGAGCUUAUUUAAAAGAACUGGACAUCACAGAAAAUAUAUGGAUAGGAUUAUCUAAACCCACGAAUAGACCUAAUUUUACAUGGACGAAUUUUCGGCCCCUAAACGGUGAUGGCUACUGGCAACAACCUAUACCAAAAGAAAAUGAAGCCAUUUGUAUUGUGAUGGAUCCUGUUGCCGACUUCUUAUGGAAGCCCAUGACUUGCGGAGGACCUGAUGUAGCAUCAUUUAUAUGUGAAUUACCAGUUCCUACGUGGGCAAUGGGUCCCAAAGGCUGCCUCUUGACAGAACUACCAUCUCUAACAGUCCUGUAUAUACCGGAGAAAUUGGCCCUUGAACUCACAUCAGAUUGUGGUCUUGAUGGAACAAAGAGAAUAGCGUGUAAAGGCGAUGCGGACAGGGAAGAAAUUUUAAAACAACUCACCUGUGCAAUGCCACCAGACGACUUCGAUGAUAAAUCAACAAAAAGUCCAGUUUUAUCCAACACGUUAUCAAACACUCUUUCUGAUAUAACUUCAGACGAAACUUCUUCGAACAGCAAAACAACGAAACCUUGGAUAUGGACCUCCAAUACACUUGGUACUGAUUACGGUAUGCCUACAAGACAUCGACGAGAAACCGAAGACACGCUUAGUCCGUCAUCCACAAAGAGUACAACAGAUUUAUCGACGUCAAGAUCGCAAAAUGCCUCAAAAUCAACGACUGUAUCUAUAAAUUUGAAUUACGACCCAAUAACUACCAGUUUCACUCCUGAAGAGGAUGUUACAUUAGAUAUGAUUCUCUCAUCAAAAUCUGAAGGAGAAAUUAAAACAACCGAAUUAACUGAUUCCACGACUCAAAAUAUUAAUGAACAGACAGAAGAACAAUUUGAGAUAGUCGAGAAUAUUUUGGCCACCACAGAAAAGGCAUUUAGUUCAGACGUCGAUAGCGGAGAAUAUCCAAGCGCUAUUGGUCAGGGACAACUAUUUAGCAUUAUCGAGAACGGCACAAUGUUUGACCUAAUUGAAGUCAAUGAAACAACUACUGGAAAUAUAAAGUUGCCAAAGGAAAUGAUCGAAACAGCGCAAUUAGAAUCUGACAUUCUAAAAACCUCUACUGACCACACUAGUGACAGUCUAUACACAACAGUUGUUUAUCAUAAGGAACCACCUUCAGAAGCAAAUUUCGUUACUAACAAAUCAGUUAAAAAAGUUGACAACACACACAAAAAAAAUAUAUUUAAAGUUAAGGAAUCUAAAAAUGUCAACCAAAAAAUCAACGAUAAAUUCGUGCAACUUGCAAGUAUUAAUUACACUGAACGUAAUAAUCAUUCAAAAAUACUUUCAAAAGAAGAAGAUAUGUUUCCAGUUGUAGCAGAUUCUUUAAUUAAGUUAAAUAGAACAUUUAGAAAAGAACUACCACCUAACGAAGGAAUAAACAUCUCCGAUGGACAAUCAAUCUCUAACUUGUCCAGUAAUAACCCAAUAUCUCAUAAUGCGCAUCAACACAUUGAAAUCAAAUGGCAACAAGAAAAAAAUAAUAAUUUAUUGGAAAUGAAACUAUUUGUUACUACAAAGCGGUCUGAUUUAGGGAAGACACCACAGAUGAUGAAGGAGAAUCUUGAAUUGGUUAAUAGUACUGAAGACGACAAUGCAAUAUUUCACAAAAUAGAUUCAAAGAUUGACUUUCUUAAUAUAAACAAUAGCGCUGUAGAAAAUAACAAUACUGAAACAUUCAUUGUACCCGCACCGGAAAAAAUGAAAACACUCUCUAAAGAGUCCAAUUUAACAAAGGAACAAUUUCUUCCCAAGUCACUCCUAGGAGAAAUUCAGAAUAAAAUUGAUAUGGUUGGUGGUACAUCCCCUUCUAGUGAAUCUUUUGAACCUGAACCUCAGGCUCAACCUAGACCAAACAGGCAACGACAACUCACUCGUCCCCAGAGACGGUCAUUUUAUCCUUAUUUUUUCAGCAGGGUGUUGGGCUGAAUUAGUUUGACACAUUUUUUUGCAUCAAUUCAUUUAGAAUGAAGGCGUGAUUUUAAGCACUUUAAUGGUUGUUAUUUGUCUGCCAAGAUUGUUAAAGUUGAGUGACAAACGAUGUCAAUGACAAAAUACCUCCCUGUUUAGUUGCACUGAAUUUGUGAGGAGACUUUGUAUUCCAUUUAGUACAACGAUGUUAUUUGUAGUAUUUGUAGUACUAGUCUGUUGUUUAUAUUUCUUGUUCUAGUACGUCAGUGAUUUUUAAUGUUAGCUCGUGUUCUUAUUUCUGAUAGAUUUUACUUUUUAAACAUUUAGAUAAUUUACUUCUUUCUACAUAAGGCUGUAGGAUGAAUCUAGUAUCACUGAGUUGUAUGAAGACCAUUUGUUAUGUAUUUACAAAGUUUAAAUUGUAAACAUAGAUUCUUAGUGUCACUUUUGAUAGAACCUAUGCAUUGAGCUUUAAUUGUAAAAAUCCAUACAGAUCACAUGACACGAAAAGCUGCAUGAGCAAUGCACCGUCCUGCUUCCCGUCCUAUGCGUUCAAACUAUACAGAGGAAGUGACAUGUGCCACCUCACUGCUUUAAUUAAAAACACGGUAUUUUGCACAAUGUCAAGAACACUGUAAAUGUACAUACUGUAUAUGACUGUGCUACAAAAAUAAAAUACAUAACGUAAAAAGAA